AUGGAUUUGGGUAACUUGAAUCCCUCCGCCAACCAAUUGGAUGGCGUCAUCCGUAGACCUUCGCUAUCCUCGUUGUCUUCUGCUUCCGGCUACGAUCUGUCUCAUUACACCGCGCAGAAUCAGCCUCUGGCUGCGUUGCCGCAGGGUACGCAACUGAGAAUGUCCACCGGUCUGAACAAAGUUUACCUGGGCAUGCUGAACAACUCCAGCAACACCAACCUAGUUUCUGCCAGCACUAUCGUCGCGACCGACGUCGGGCCAUGGGUGGAGCAACAAAAGCAACAGCAGUCUCUUAACGUUCAUUCGUUGGACAACGGCAAGAAGGAAUUGCCAGACAAACUCUCUGGUUCUACUGUGGAGCCCGUCUUGACCAUGACACCCACCAUUGCCUCCAGCACAGCUAACGACUCUCUUGUUGGCGAGGAUGAUGUCGACGACGAUGAUGUUGACGACGAUGAUGAGCUCAUUCCUACUGCCAUCGUCAUAAAGAAUAUUCCCUUCGCUAUCAAAAAGGAGCAGUUGUUGGACGUGAUGACCAAGCUCGGCUUGCCCUUGCCUUAUGCCUUUAACUACCAUUUCGAUAAUGGCGUUUUCCGUGGUCUUGCUUUUGCAAACUUCACUUCCACCGAUGAAACCUCGGCGGUUGUCAACCGCCUUAAUGGUCGUGAGAUUGGUGGUCGUAAGUUGCGUGUAGAAUACAAAAAGAUGCUCCCCGUCCAAGAAAGAGAAAGAAUUGAGCGCGAGAAACGUGAGAAGCGCGGCCAAUUGGAAGAGCAACACCGUUCUGCCUCGAACGCCUCGUUGGCUUCCUUGGUUUCCGUGACUUCCACCACUGCCGCAACAAAAAACUUGAGCGUCAAUGGACAGAACUAUAUGUCCCAAACCGAACGUUUGUUUGCUCAGUAUCCCUCUGCUGCCAACAAGUUGCCUCUUCCGCCAGCUGAGUUGGACUUCAACGAUCCUGAAGUUUUGGAGCUCUUCUCUCAGUUGCUUACUUAUAGAGACGACAACUCCAAGCUCAUUUUUGAGUUGGCCUUCCCUACUACUUUAAACAUAAACCAACGCAAAACUUUAUCGCUCACGUGCCAAUUUUUGAAUUUGUUGGAGCUUUUUGACAAUGGUCUCAUCAUUAUUCGGAGAAAACCAGGACAACAAUCUAUUCAGCAGAGACAACAGCAAAGCGCGUCAUUCAACCAGGCACAUGCUCUGCAGAUGCAACAAUCUAACCAAAACCAGUCUUCUGGCGGCGGUGUCCUUGGAGGACACCAACAGAUCCCAAGCCUGGUCUCUGGUCUGAACGCUGCGGUCAGUAACGUUGUCUCUCUGCAUUCUUCUUCGAUGAUGAACCUUAAUCAAAUCCCUGCGCUCCUUGGUUCGUAUGGCGGCAGUGCCAAUAACUCGGUUCCACAUGCUCCAGAAUUGUUGAGAUCUCAAUCCCAAUCAGCCUUGCAAAUCCCAAGAACCAGACAGCAGACUUCCACUCCUAUCCAAGCGCUGUACUCUCAAUACCAGACCUCCGGACAGCCACAAAAGCAGGUUUCUGGAUCAGGCAAGUAUGCUAAUUUUGGUGUUUACAACCAAAGCCCAGCAUCGGUAAGUGGCUCUGGCCAAGCUCAGUUAGGAACACCCACUUCUUCCAGUGCCGCAGCCUUGUUGAGAUCUUCAAACAACAGAUCCUAUGUGGAUGUCAGAUCAACUUCAAACUUGAAUAACUCAUUCCAAUCUGCGUCAGCAGCAGGAUCCCCUACCCCUCAAAACCAAGCUCUCUUGUACCAACAACCAGGUUACUUCUUGGGUAACCAAGUCGGCCAAGUGUCGCAAGUGAGUCAACCAUCUACUCCCGGCGGAAACAAGGAUUUGCACAACCGCUUCUCACAGUUUGGACAACACAACUCGAGUAGUAUGGUAUCCUUGCAGCCCUCGAGCUCUUUGAAUGACGAAUACCAACUAGGCGAGCCAUUGGCCAGCAAAUUGAGCUCUCUCAAUUUGAGCUCUGCGUAUGACCAGCAGAAAGCCGGCAGCGGAAUUUGGGGUUACAAGCGAUGA